CCUACAACGCACCAUGUUCAUCAGGAAGCUCCUGUAACCGAACCGAACCCAAAUCGAUGGAUUCAAACGAUUCUUGAUCCGUAGGCCACGGGAUCUGCUCUAUAUAAUAUCUCCAACAACUCCUCGUCCGUUUUUUCGCGAAUUUGAUACCUCCCAUGCCCUACAAUACGGUCCCGAUCUCGCUGGACUUCUGCCGGCCGAAGCUUCUGCCGCCGGUCGAUUGCACCGCCUCUGGAGGGGAGCACCGGGACACCUCCCACGAUCCCAUCCCGAAGAAGAUCACCGCCACCGUGAAUCCAGCCGCACUGCAGCGCCACAAGAACUCGCCCUCGAUGCCGACCAGUACCCAUCCGAGACCUCCGUGCCACUCCGCGUCCGAAGCGCACCUCCCAGAGCCAGCUGUCCUCCAUAUUCGCCGCCGUCAUCACCAUCAAACCGCCACGCGCCGUCUUCUCCAACUCAGGAUUUUCAGAUCAUCAGUGAGAUACAGUAGGGUCGCGAGUCUUCACUCGGCAUUUUCGCCAGUGGGCAUUGAUGGGACUCAUCGUUUGCUUAUGUUACAUUUCCACUGUUAUUAUUGAGUAAAGCUAGUUAUGUACUAUGACUUUUAAUACUUUAUAAAUUCUGGAUCAUAUGUUAUAGUAAAUGAUGCACUUGUUAUUUGAUAUUCAUAUGUACUGUGUGUGCUAGCGAAUCGAUCCAUGGACUAGAACAGUGAGCAUAGA